AUGAAGAGGAGCAGCGUGGUGUACAUUAUUGCCGUUUUGUUCAUCGGGUGCCUUCUUAUUGGUGGACAAUGUCGGCCUGAGCCUGAGAGCACCAACGAAGAUGGCCGUGCCAGCGCGACAAUGGUGGUCUCAUCAUCAGAUGAUAACAAAAUUACGGUGAAAUUUUGUGUUAUUAGGGAUUGUAAGACCAAAGAUGAAUUCUUGGGCUUGAAAGGAGCGUGCUUCUGCUGCCUCAAUCGGUUGGACGUACCGUGUUUUCAUACCCAAGAUGAGUGUAAGAAGAAUUGCCCAUCAAUCUAA